GAACCCGGGGGUCCCGGCAGCUUCUAGUAGGUUCCAGAAGGCGGCGCGUGCGGUUGGGAACGCGGAGCGGACGAAUUCGAUUCAACGGGGUUCCGGGCCAAGCUAUGGAGCAGGUGAAUGAGCUGAAGGAGAAGGGCAACAAGGCCCUGAGUGCUGGCAACAUCGACGAUGCUUUACAGUGCUACUCUGAGGCAAUUAAACUAGAUCCCCAGAACCAUGUGCUCUAUAGCAAUCGCUCUGCAGCCUAUGCCAAGAAGGGGGACUACCAGAAGGCCUAUGAGGACGGCUGCAAGACUGUUGACCUGAAGCCUGACUGGGGCAAGGGUUAUUCAAGAAAAGCAGCAGCCCUUGAGUUUCUAAACCGAUUUGAAGAAGCCAAACGAACCUACGAAGAGGGUUUAAAACAUGAAGCCAAUAACCUCCAGCUUAAGGAAGGCUUGCAGAACAUGGAGGCCAGGCUGGCAGAAAGGAAAUUCAUGAAUCCUUUCAACUUGCCUAAUCUGUACCAGAAGUUGGAGAAUGAUCCCAGGACAAGGACCCUGCUUAAUGACCCCACCUACCGGGAACUCAUAGAACAGCUUCAGAACAAGCCUUCAGACCUGGGCACAAAACUCCAAGAUCCCCGGGUCAUGACUACUCUCAGUGUCCUCCUCGGGGUUGAUCUGGGCAGUAUGGAUGAAGAGGAAGAGGCAGCAACACCCCCACCCCCACCUCCUCCCAAAAAGGAAGCCAAGCCAGAACCAAUGGAAGAGGAUCUUCCAGAGAAUAAGAAACAGGCACUGAAAGAAAAGGAGUUGGGAAAUGAUGCCUACAAGAAGAAAGAUUUUGACAAGGCCCUGAAGCAUUAUGACAAGGCCAAGGAACUGGACCCCACCAAUAUGACUUACAUAACUAAUCAAGCAGCUGUGCACUUUGAGAAGGGUGACUACAACAAAUGCCGGGAGCUCUGUGAGAAGGCCAUUGAAGUGGGCAGAGAGAACCGAGAGGACUAUCGACAGAUCGCCAAAGCUUACGCCCGAAUUGGCAAUUCCUAUUUCAAAGAAGAAAAGUACAAGGAUGCUAUCCAUUUCUACAACAAAUCUCUGGCAGAGCACCGAACCCCAGACGUGCUCAAGAAGUGCCAGCAGGCAGAGAAAAUCCUGAAGGAACAAGAGCGACUGGCCUAUAUCAACCCUGACUUGGCUUUGGAGGAGAAGAACAAGGGCAAUGAAUGCUUCCAGAAAGGGGACUACCCCCAGGCCAUGAAGCACUAUACAGAAGCCAUUAAACGGAACCCAAGAGAUGCCAAACUGUACAGCAACCGAGCUGCCUGUUACACCAAGCUCCUGGAGUUUCAGCUGGCACUCAAGGACUGUGAAGAGUGCAUCCAACUGGAGCCAACCUUCAUCAAGGGUUACACACGGAAAGCAGCUGCCCUGGAAGCCAUGAAGGACUAUACAAAAGCCAUGGAUGUGUACCAGAAGGCGCUAGACCUGGACUCCAGCUGUAAGGAGGCAGCAGAUGGUUACCAACGCUGUAUGAUGGCACAGUACAAUAGACAUGAUAGCCCUGAGGAUGUGAAGCGGCGGGCCAUGGCCGACCCUGAGGUGCAGCAGAUAAUGAGUGACCCGGCCAUGAGGCUCAUCCUGGAGCAGAUGCAGAAGGACCCCCAGGCUCUGAGCGAACACUUAAAGAACCCUGUAAUAGCACAGAAGAUCCAGAAGCUGAUGGAUGUUGGUCUGAUCGCAAUUCGGUGAUAGCUUGCUUUUUCCUUCUUCCCUUCGCCAACGAGGAAAGGCGAGCUGGGAUGGUGGCAGGCAGCACUGGGCAGGAGGCGGGGAAGAAAAGCUUAUCUUUAUAUUUAUACAUGCCUGCAAGGAAGACAGAAUCAUCCAGCGCCACCACGGGCCCUCCCAGCACACGCAUGGUCACUUCACUGCUGCCCUCAGUUCCCAGUGUCCUUCCCUGCCCACUCCCCCAGCCACCCCGUCACUGUCUCGGCUGCUCCCCUAUAGUUGGUUAUUUUUUAUUUGGGGCAGUGGGUGCAUACGGGGGAGGGGAGGGGAUUCUUCCCAAUCUAGGGUCCCAGCUGUCUUCACUUGUUACCCCAUGUUCCUCCUCAAUAAAACAAGCCAAUCAGGCGUGGUUAUAUGUUGA